ACAAAAUAACCCAUAAAAGAGCCAAGAAGAUAUCUGACGAUGGAUGGCCAAUCCAGCUCGAAAAACCAGAGGAGAUUUUUUUACACGUCUAAAACGAACGACGCCCAAAACAGAACAACAGACUUGGGAAAAUAUGAUGCAGAAGCGGAACCGACGGAUUACUAUAGGCCGCCCGACGACCAGCCGCCGCAAUAUUACAGACAGCAAGUUGUCGCCGGUCAGCCGGUGUACCAGUACGGACCGCCGCCCCCUCCCGUCCAGGGGGGAAGGAUGGGCGCGUUCAGGAUGGGACAGGAGACGGCCGUCGCCAGGGAGGAACGCGGCCAGCGUCCCCAAGGGGGACUCAACAGUUUCUUCGGAUCGGGGCGCCACGACGACGACGACGACGACGGCGUCGAGCGUCAGUUCCAGUUCAACACGGUGGAAAUACGGAAUCGGUUUGUACGCAAGGUUUACACGCUCCUGACAAUCCAACUGCUGAUCACCUUCGGGUUCAUCCUUCUCGCCAUUCACGUCGAUGCCAUAAGGAUUUUUCUGCUGCGAAACUUCGCACUACUAAUUGUCGUCAUGUGCUUGACGUUAGUGUUCGUAAUAGCUAUAGUGUGCUGCGAGGGACUGAGAAAGAAUUUUCCUUGUAAUCUGAUAACGCUCAUGAUCUUGACUCUACUUUAUGCGUACAUGCUCGCUGCAGUCUCCUGUAUAUACGAUACAGUGGCAGUGUACAUGGCUAUUGGUACGACAGCAAUAGUCUGUUUCUUGGUGUCAGUUCUGGCAUGUCAAAUGAGAUGGGACAUCACCAAAUGCGGCUGCAUGCUGUAUAUUCUACUCCUAGGCUUAAUGAUUUACGGUAUUGUGUGUACGAUAUUGGUGUUUUUCGUCGACCCUGAAACCUUCAAAGUCAUGCACCUUGUUUACAGUGGGAUAGGAUUAGCUGUGUUCAUACUUUAUUUGAUGUUCGACACUCAACUGAUCAUGGGAGGACGAUACAUAGAAUUAUCACCAGAAGAAUAUAUAUUGGGGGCAUUGAAACUUUACAUAGAUAUAAUAAUGAUAUUUCAGUUCUUGUUGAUGCUGUUCAGAAGAUGAAAAAUAAAACUUUUCGAUGUAUGUUGUAUUUUCAAUAAUAGUAUACUUGGAAAACCAUUCAAUAGCUUUCAUCG